AUGACAAGCGAGAAGACUGUUGAAUAUACUGAGGCAGUAACAAAAAUUGAUUCUUCCUCAAGGCAGUAUGAAAAAUCUACGAAGAAUUUUUUCAUAAAUCUGAAGGAAUCUUUCAACUUGACCAUGACUUUGUCAAGUCUGUUGUUGAUUUGUUCUUCUUUCUCUCAUGGAUUUGAUAAUCAGGGUUUCGCGACGAUUCAGGCAAUGGAUUCCUUUAUAGAGAAAUUCGGACAGUACGAUGCCCAAACAGGAGCAUACGCUAUUCCUCCGGUGUUUUUGUCGUUCUUGAAUAGUUUCCAAUACAUCGGUUUUGCUUUUGGUCUAGUCUGCGGAAGCAUAGUGUCUUCUAGGUUUGGUAGAAAAAUCUGUGUUCUAUCAAUGAGCCUAUAUGCGCUGAUAACAGCCACUAUCGGAAUCACAUCUAAUUCUAAGGAACAGAUAUUAUCGGCUAGAGUUCUCAACUAUGUUUUUAUUGGAAUGGAAAUGGCAGUCAUUCCUGUAUUUCAGGCAGAAAUUGUUCCACCAAACACAAGAGGAUUCUUUGUUGGUGCUUUUCAGUUGUCACUCAAUAUUGGUGGGUUAGUUAUUCAUAUCAUCACAAAUAGUACAGCACAUAUAGAUGGAACAUCAUCAUGGAGGAUUCCUCUCGGACUUUACUAUAUUUUCCCGAGUGUUAUUGCCUCCCUUGUCAUGUUUAUUCCAGAAUCUCCAAGGUGGCUUAUUCUGAAGGGUAAGAAGGAAGAGGCGAUGCGGUCUCUCGUUCGUUUGCGUAAUGGAACAAUUUAUGAAAGUGAAAUAAUCAACGAGUAUGAAAGCAUUAUAUCUUCUGUGGAAGCAGAAAAGCAAGAGAAAAGUAAAUACACCGAACUCUUCACUGGAACAAACAAGAGAAGAACCUUAAUCGUAAUUCUGGCAAACAUCUUUCAGCAAGUGACUGGUCAGGCAUUUGCUUCCCAAUAUGGUACCAUAUUCAUCAAGUCUUUGAAUACCGUAGAUCCCUUUCAAAUGUCAAUCGUGUCUUCUGUCGUAGCUAUUGUUGCAGUCAUCAUAGUUUUGUUGUUUACUGAUGAAUUUGGUCGCAAAAAGUUCCUUGUAAUUGGGUCAGUUAUUCAGGCUAUAGCCUUAUUGGUAAUGGGGGGCUUGGGGACAGGAGAUGUGACCACUGCCAAAAAGAACGGAAUUGUUGCGACAAUGAUGAUUAACAGCUUUGCUUAUUGUAUAUCAUGGGCCCCUCUCUCUUAUGUUAUAAGUAGCGAAAUCCCCACUCCACGCUUAAGAGACAAAACCUACGCUGUUGGCAUCCUCUUUAAUAUUCUGUUUGCCUUCAUAACUGCCUUUACGCUUCCCUAUCUGCUGUCGAAGCCGUAUGCAAACCUACAAUCGAAGGUUGGUUUUAUUUAUGGAGCAUUUACUGUACUUUCUGUUGUCUUUUCGUACUAUCUGCCCGAAUGUCGCGGUUUGAGUUUAGAGGAAAUUGAAUCAAAUUUCGUAAAUAAAGUACCUUUAAACCGGUUCUCUAAGAAUUCGAUUAGUUAA